AUAUUUUUCGUCCUUUUAUAGGCUUUCAGGAAGUGAGACUUGUGAACAAGGGAUCCAGACAUUCUGGAGGAGAUCCACUAGUGCUGUGCUUUGUCGAUUUUGUCACUGCCAAUCAAGCCGCAAAUGCCAUGGAUGCCUUGCAAGGUUAUCGAUUCGAUGAGCGAGACCGAGAUUCGGCCUCUUUAAGGCUGCAAUUCGCUCGAUUUCCGGGUCCAAGGCCAUCCGGCGGACCUCGUAGUAGGCGUUGAUUUUAUCCGGUUUCUAUUUCGCGUGGCGAGCGACGAUCUCGGUAUUUUAUGACACCUACGCACGCGGAUUUAGAACUCGUUCCUUCGUUUGUUCGUUACUGGCGUUGUGUCACGUGAAGCGUUCGUUACUGGGAAAUUACUAUCCGACUUUCAUUUUCCUGUAGAAUACUGCUUAUCUUAUUUAUGUUUUCCUCCAUUGGAAUACUUUAGACAUCCCUUAUGGCGGUCGUACUGUAACGCUUUGUAUGGCAUUUGGUGUUUUGUUUUAUUAUUGAUAACUGGUUACUUUUUCGUUA